AAUAAAGCAUCAGCAGGAGGAGCAGGAGCAGGAGCAGUAGAACAAAUUUUAGAGCUUUUGUCUCCUUCGCUUCUUCUUUGUGGGAAGCAGAGAAGGGAAUAGAAUUUGAAGAAGAAGAAGAAGAAGAAGAUAUAUUUGCAGAGAGAAAGAAAAAAGAGAGAGAGUUCUAGGGAUGGGAGGAGGCGGAGGUUCACGACUGAGAAAAGCGGCAAGGAAGAUGGUGACAGCUUGUGGAUCCUUCUCGCGGAGGCAAUCGCUGGUCGACCCUGUGCUCGGCGACACCUCCGCCGACGCCACCAUUGCCACUGCCACUGCCGCAAUCUCGAGUUCUCCAAAGUGGGGAGGGAAUGUCUCAGAGAACGCAGCUGACGAAGCAGAAUCCUGCAACGCCUUGCUUACUAAGAACUUGUGCGCAAUAUGUCUUGACCCCCUGAGUUACAGCACCGGCACCAGCCCAGGCCCGGCUAUAUUCACCGCUCAAUGCUCUCAUGCUUUCCACUUUGCCUGCAUCUCCUCCAAUGUUCGGCAUGGUAGUGUCACCUGCCCCAUUUGCCGUGCACAUUGGACCCAGCUGCCCCGCAACCUUAAUCCACCCCCUUGUUCCCUGGCUGGCAACCAAACUGAUCCCAUCCUCCGGAUCCUUGACGACUCCAUUGCCAAUUUUCGGGUCCACAGGCGUUCGUUUCUACGCUCUGCUCGUUAUGAUGAUGACGACCCCAUCGAACCAGACCACUCACCAAACCAUCCCCGCCUUCAUCUCUCUCUCAUACCCCUCCCACUCACUCACCCUACCUUUCAUCCAUACACGCUCAACAGCGCAUUCUCCUACCUUUCUCCACUUCAAAACUUAACCAGCUCCUCAUCAUUAUUGCCAACACCAGAACAUUACACAGCAACGGGGCAAACACUUUAUCAUAGAGCUUAUCUCUCUGUUAAAUUAGCACACCAGCAAGCAACUGACUUGGUCCUAGUUGCAAGCCCCAAUGGACCUCACCUAAGGCUUCUCAAGCAAUCCAUGGCAUUAGUCGUUUUCUCUCUUAGACCAGUUGAUCGGUUGGCCAUUGUCACCUACUCAUCUGCUGCAGCUCGUGUGUUCCCUCUUAGGCGCAUGACAUCCUAUGGGAAACGAACUGCUCUUCAAGUCAUUGAUCGGCUUUUCUAUAUGGGGCAAGCUGAUCCAAUUGAAGGGCUUAAAAAGGGUAUUAAGAUACUUGAAGAUCGUGCCCACAAAAAUCCUCAGUCAUGUAUCCUACACCUGUCUGACAGUCCAACCAGAUCUUACCAUGCCAUGAACAUGCAAGUGCCCAUUCCAAUCCACCGGUUUCAUGUGGGAUUUGGGUUUGGCGCUUCAAAUGGAUUUGUGAUGCAUGAAUUUGAAGAGUUCCUAGCAAGAUUGCUGGGAGGUGUGAUCAGAGAUAUCCAAUUGAGGAUUGGGGAUGAUGGCCGGAUUAUAAGACUUGGAGAAUUAAGAGGUGGUGAAGAGAGGCGAAUUCCAUUAGACAUGGGUGAUUGUGAACAUGUUUGUGUGGGAUACAGCUACGUGGAGGGUGGGAUUGACGAUUGCAUCAGAACAGGGGAAACUGUGGUAUGUGCGGAAGAUAAGACUGAAACAAGUGAAAGUGCAGAAGUAGGAGGGGGGGAUGUGAGCUUAGGUGGGAGGACUAGUAGUGUUGAAAGCUGGGAUUACCAUGAUCCUUAUAUGGCGAGAAGAUGGGCAAAACAUUUGCAUGGAUACAGACUGUGAAUCAUCUCGAUGGCCACAAAGAUAAGAUAGAUACAUACUCAUCAACCAUUUCCACAAGUACCGCAUGUGGUGAUUUAGAAUUGCUUUGAUGGACCCCAACUAUAUAUUUUCUAGGAAGGUAUAGAAGAAAUUUGUUUGAUAGUCUACUGUUUUUCCAGUUUUACCAAACUUCAGGGACAGGCAAGGAUUUAAUUUCAUGUCCUCUUGCUGUCAUGGCAAUUCCAAUUGCAAUAUUAUUAUUAUUUUUUUA